CAAAUCAGAAAGCGAGUACAUCCUUACCUACUCGCACCAACCCAACUCCAAUUAAACGUAUAGCGCGUCAAGUUUCACGAACCUUCUUCGAAGUCCCACACCAUAACUGAACCAGAUCCCUCCCUCCUCCUCCUCAUAUAAAACAAAGAAUACACCCUCUCUCUCUGCACUCAAUCUCCUGUUGAAGCUCUCUACUUCUGUUCAUAUUCCUCCUUCACGAGUUCUUACACUUAAGUUUUCAGAGAGAGAGAGAGAGAGAGAAUUAAUUGAAUAUGUUUCGGGUGAGCAACAAUCUGGUAGGUAUUCUCAACUUCAUCACCUUCCUCCUCUCGAUCCCAAUCGUCGUCGCCGGAGUAUGGCUUUCACGACAGGGAACCACUGAGUGCGAGAGGUUCCUGGAGAAACCUGUAAUCGCGCUGGGCGUGUUCCUGAUGCUGGUCUCACUGGCCGGCCUAAUCGGCGCGUGCUGUCGCGUGUCGUUGCUCCUGUGGAUCUACUUGUUCGUGAUGUUCCUCCUCAUCGUGCUUCUCUUCUGCUUCACUAUCUUCGCAUUCGUGGUGACCAACAAGGGGGCUGGAGAGGCGACAUCGGGUAGAGGGUAUAAGGAGUAUAGGUUGGGUGAUUACUCCAACUGGUUGCAGAAAAGGGUUAGUAGUACCAAGAAUUGGAACAAGAUCAAGAGUUGUUUGAUGGACAGUAAGGUUUGCAAGUCUUUAAUUGAUAAUAGGGCUAACACCCAGGUUCAACAGUUCUAUCUCCAGCACUUGUCCGCCAUUCAGUCCGGUUGCUGUAAGCCAGCGGAUCACUGCAAUUUUGUGUAUGUUAGCCCAACCCAGUGGACCAAAACAAACAGCUCAUCGUCAACGAAUCCCGACUGCGAUGCAUGGAGCAAUGACCAAAACGUAUUGUGCUUCAACUGCCAGUCAUGCAAGGCUGGGCUGCUGGACAACAUCAGGAGUGACUGGAAGAAGGUGGCUAUCGUCAACAUCAUAUUCCUCAUCUUCCUUAUCAUUGUAUACUCCGUUGGGUGUUGUGCAUUUAGGAACAACAGGGAGGACAAUUCAUAUAAACCAUACCCUUGAGAGAUGGAUAGAAAGAUUUUUAGAGAGGGAAAGAAACGUUUCAGUGAUAUGUUUGCAUUCUCACUCUUUUACUACUAAUCACUGCCUUAAUAUUCCUUUCUAUCUUGUACAGUUGUUUUUGUCUUGAUUUCGACUUAUUUAGAUACUAUCAACUCAUGAGAUUUCUAUUUGAAGAAAUAUGCUAUUAUGGAGUUUCUUAUUGCA